CGUCUGCCAAGUUUGGUAGUUGUCGACUGUCUAGUGGUGAAAAGUAAGGCUAGGAAUUGAAUUGAUUAUUUAGUUAUUGAAAUAUUUAUCAUUUACUUUUGGAGCUGUGAAGGGCCGGGCAGGACGGAGGGGCUGGAGGGGGUUCGCCCUGCCCGGGUGUCUGGGGACAUGACUCAUGGCGGGAGGGCUGCCCGCUGGUACCGCCUGUACCGAGGCCUUCCUCAGGCGAGACAGUGAGGAGCGACUCCGCCUUCGCGAGCGCUUGCACGCGCAGCUGCAGGAGGACGUUGGCAGGGUGUUCGCCAGCGCGCUGUACUGCGACCUGGAGCUGGUGUUCGACUCGAGCUCCGUCCAGGCACACUGCUGUGUGCUGCGAGCCCGUGCCAGCAAGUUCUUCUCCAAGCUGUGCUCUUUGGCCGAACCGCGCCGGCUGCGCGACGGCGCUCGCUCCGUGAGGCUGGUCCACGCGCCCGAGACACUCAUUAGAAGCUUCUUGAGGAGCUUGUACACCAAGUGCAGUGUAGUGGAAGAAGAGUCGCGGGUGAUCGCGCUCUUGGAGCGCCUCGGCUGGACUGCAGACUCCAACCCCGGCCCCUACAGCACCCCGUUGGAGGCCUGGUCCGAUCUGCGCUCCUACUACUCAAUUGUGCCCGUCCAAGAGGAUGCGGCGUUAGUCUCCGGCCCUGCCUCUCCUCUCUUGGAGUGUGAGCUCGCAGAGCAGGACUCUCUCCUGGACGUUGCAAAGCCCAGGCUUGGUCUCACUGCUCACGGCCAUGUUCCCGAAGCAGCCCUCUGCAGUGUAACAGACUGUUGCUCUUCGUUUCCUCUGAGCCCCGAGAUGGACGGUAGUGCGGGCGGCCCGGACUCGGGGCUCGACACUUGUUCGACUGGUUUCCUGCCUGGGGGCGACAUGGGCAGCCCGCGUGACCACACUGUCUCUGAGACGUCCGGUGUCGACCUCACUGCGGCAGGCGAAGACAUGCCCCACGACGAGGUGAACCGGCCAGAAUCUUCGUCGUCCGUGUCGUCGGAGGCUGCGACAUGGGACGUGUAUAUGACUAGCACGUGUCAGGACACAGUAGCAUUUCUAGAAGCUGAGAGGAGGUUCUCGCAGGCAUCCGUACGCAGAGUGGAGGAUGAGUGGUGCGAGCUGGAGGACGGACUGCUAUCUUUAAGCGUGCCGGCAGACCAGGUGGAGCACUACUGCUGGCGCCAGCAUGUGGGUCCGGAGUCCCAGGAGCCUGUCGACCCCUCCACCUCCGACAGCUCUGGCUCCAGCAACGCACUGACUUUUGCUCCCACAACCGGCCUCGCCGUGUCUCUCUCCUACCCUGAGGCCAACACGGACUGGCGCAACACAGACGGCCACAACUUCUUCAUCAACGCCGCGGAUCUGAUCGAUGACAAUGAUGUGUCUCUGCCGUACGUUGGUACUGGCCGACCUGCUGAAACCAAGGAUUUAAUGCCAGUGCUGGAUGAUUCACCGUUGGAGCGUUCCCAAUGUGACAUUGUCGACAAAGGCUUGUCUGGCUUUGCAACCGUCAAGAGUAACUUUGUAGAAGAUGAUGUGCCACCUGUUGUGACUUCUACAGAUGAGUUUUCAGAGGAUUUCAUUCCUUUCCUGUCUUCCAGGUCAGCACUAGAUGGCAUGAAAAGCCUGGUGAAUGUGUCGGGGUGUGAACUCCUUGGCAUCGACAGCUGUAAAAUAGUGAGCACACCUUCAAAAAGUACUCAGCAAGCUAGCAUAUCGAGGCAGUUCUCUGGACAGGACCACACUGCAGAGUUCCAGAAAGAAAUCACAGUUGCAGAGCAUUUGGAGCCGUAUGCAGAAACUAGGAAAAUACUUUUGUGCAAAAUAAAACAAGAGAGCAAUUCCACAGAAGAUGUGUGCUCUUUGGGUUUGGCAAACUUGAAUCAAUGUUUUGACAAAUCCUCAGAUAAUGCUGUGUGCUCAGAGUCAGAGCCCAAGUUUCCGAAUGUGAUGAAUGAACCUUUACUUCAUAUAGAAAGUAGAGGCACUUUCUUUAGAAAGUGUGUUUCGGAAGAAGUUAGUGACCACGAUGAAGCUAAGUUAAGUGAGUGUAAUCUGGGAGGCGUAGAGGGAGUAAGUAGAGAUGGUGAUGGGGAAAAAGAAGCUCCUCUCGACCGAGAAAGUAGUAGAGGGGGUGAGGACAGUGAUGUCACGGCCACCACAGAAGUGCUUGGCGUAGAGGGAGAAGGUCCGCGUCGUGCCAGUCUCAUUCGAAGGAAUACCUUUGAGCUGGAUCCGGACGACGACCACCUUGCGCUCUUGCGGCAGGAGUACGAGCGCCGCCAGGGAAACCUUCUGUUUCAGAGCUGCUCUCCGCAGUUCUCUGGGAGCGAUGAGGGUUCAUCCCAGCUAAACUCCCUUCCGUGUCUGCCGUCCGCCCCCACGCCUGUUAAGAGUCCCCAUGUCCUCCCACACAUGGUGGGGCCUGAGGCGAAUACCCCUGAUUCCCUCAACAACGAUGGCCCUGUCGACAGCUUCUUUGCAGCCCCCACGAGACACGUACCGAACUGUGGGGAUGGUGUGCCUUUGAGACCAGGAGGCUAUAGCCGUGCGUGCAAGCCGGUGGUGUCUGGUGCACUGACGUGCAGUGACGUGUUGCUGGAUGACAGGCAGCUAUGUGAAAGUCCCAAGAAGCCAAAGAGAACAGAGUCCACUCCGAUAGUGUCAGGAGGGGCUUCAGCUAGUGACUUUGUCACUCAACCACAGCUGAAGAUGGAGAGUCCCAUCUUCUCUCGCCGGAAAAAUGAGUCGGCCCCCAUCGUGUCCGGAGGUGCAGUAUGUGUGCCAAAACCAGAAGUGAAAGAGAAGGAAAGUAUGAGUGCGUCGGUGGGGUCGGCAUGGGUAGUGGACAUGAGCGACUGCAGCCCCAACACCACGCGGCAGAGCUUCGACCUAAAGAGGCGACGUAGGAGCGAGGCUGGCCGCGACUCUAAUGGUAACACAGCUGGCAGUGAGGGUCACAAUACUUCAUUGGGCUUCUUCGUCAAUCUUAAAGAUGCAACACCUGAAGAAUCUGCACAGGAAAACAAGAUCUCUAUGGUUCAGAAAGACCAGUGCAAGAAAUCCACAGAAUUGUUUGUGGAAGUGGGGGAAAGUGGCAGGUCUCCCAUACCUCGCAAGAAAAAUGUUGUUAGUGAUAGAAGCGUACAAAAAUCAAAGUCACAGACAGAUGUCCCUUCGAAAAAUUUGUCUACUGAUGUCUCUAAUGAGAAGUCAAAUGGAACAGUUUCUGGCAAGAAUACUAUGUUUUCCAUGUUUAUAGACUUUGGCUCUGAAACAAAACCGAAAGAGAAGUCCUGCAUUCCAAAAGACAGAACAUCUUCCUUAACAAAGAAAGUCACUGAACCAGACUUGGAUUCUGAAAAACACCGAGGUGAUGGUAUCACUUCAGGGGCUAGCAAAAUGAACAGGGUGAAUGAUGCUACGUUUGAUGCAUGCAGUGAGCCAUCAGAGAGCCAAGAAGAGAGCAUGCAUGUGUCUGCAGAUGUGGGACCAUGGGCUGACUCGGUGCAGAUGACGACGCCGGCAAAGUCCACUGCCCAGGAAAGCAUGAAGUCAGCGGUCGAAGAGAAAAAGCAGAGCUUCUUCAUGUUCAUAGAGACGGACUCGCCGGUGUCGAGGAGGAAGACGUUGCCGUCUGGGCUGAGGCCAGCCUUGAACCGGCACUCGUGGAAUGCAGACCUGCCGAUUGAGCGACGGGACGAUGACGUGCAGAAGGUGCACAAGCGAGCGCACAGCUUGUCGGUGGAUCGCAACAUGGGGGUAGAAGAAGGGAGGUCGGUGCUAGCAAGGGGCAAGAUCAGGCGGAGCAGUCACUCUCUGCACGAGGACAACUCCCAGGGCCGGCCCCCCACCAAGCCAGUCUCUCGCCUGCCCAAGCAGGCGUGCAGCCUGGAGGCAGACGAAGGGGCCAAGACGAGACUCCGCGCCAAGCAGCUGUCGGACUCGUCGACCGAGGUGGAAGACGGCGUGUCUCAGUCGACGGGCCCGGACGAUGAUGUCAGCAUUUCCUGCACGGAUCUAAGUGAUGCCAAGGGCAACGCCAGCAGCUCCGCCACAAUAACGGAGUCGGAGGACCACGUAAAGCCCGCCGUGGCCCCGAAAGUGGCUGCUACCACAUAUUGUGAGGAUGAGAGAAGGGAGCAGAUGAGCUUCGUAAAGCUCUCAGACCUCGAUAAGGAGCCCGAGAGGUGUGAUGUGGACAAGCCCGGCCAGGUGGCCACCUCCAAUAGGAUGACUCGGAGUAUCCCAGAAACGUCAUGGAUAGAGAGCAAGCUGAUGAUGACACGGUCGAUGGGCGGGGGUGGGGGUGUGGGCGGAGGCGGGGCUCCCUGCAGCCGCUCGCUGAGCCGUCUGUUCCCGCACCUAAAUGCGACAGUGGCUCCCGGGGCGGCCCUCGGCAAGUCUCCGGAGCCCGAGGAAGGUGACACCCAGGUGUCGGAGACCUCUGACCUCAGCAGCAUGCAGAGCAGUGUGGGACCAUCUGGGCUGGAGGGCAGCACGGAGGAGACAGACGCGUCGUCGUGUGCGGGGCGCAGCUCGGGACCAGCAUCGCGUCUCGGCGAGGACCUGCUGCGCAUGUUCCUGGAGGAGAUCAGCCCGGACGUGACGGUGGAGGUGGGCGGGCGCCGCCUGCGUGCCCACAAGUGCAUCCUGUCCUCACGCUGCCAGUACUUCGCGGCCAUGCUGAGUGGCGGCUGGGUGGAGAGUGCGGGCAACGUCAUCUCCCUGCAGGGGUUCUCGUUCAACGCCGUGCACUUUGCGCUGUGCCACAUCUACAGCGGCACCAGCAACAUCCCCGACACCAUCAGCAUCGUCGAGCUGGCCACGCUGGCCGACAUGUUGGGGCUGGAGGGCCUCAAGGAAGUGGUCAUGUACACGCUCAAGGUCAAGUACUGCCACUUCUUCCACAAGCCUUGCGCAAUGUGCGCGGUGGGCAUAGUGGAGUGCCUACCCCUCGCUGCUGCCUACGGCCUCGACGACAUCUACCGCAAGAGCCUGCGCUGGAUCACACGACACUUUGUGCGCAUCUGGCCCACCAAGGGCUUUGCGUCGCUGCCGCGCGAGUUGCUGGAAAAGUGCUAUCAACAGCACGUUGUUCACAUGACUGCAGACAACGUGCUGGAGACGGUCAUGAGCUGCGACAAGCUACUAGCGACGCUGCCGAGCGUGCGCUGGGCGGAGCCAGUCUUCACCCUCACCUCGCAGCUGCUGGAGGCUGCCGUCAAGUUCCUCGCCAACAACUUCUGCCUCGUCCUGAAGUGUGACAGCUUCCAGGCGCUGGGCAAGGAGCUGAGCUGGAACAUCAGCCGCCUGGAGGACAGCCUGACGGCGGCUGCCGACCGCCUGCCGCCCGACCAGGCGUGCCAGAGCCACGCAUACCUUCACCGCACGCUCGCCGCCGACCCCCAACCCGCCCCCAGCCAGAGCUACGGAGAGCUGCUGCGCCGGCUGCAGAAGCGUGUGGAGGCGUCGCUGGUGCGGCAGGCUGCGCGAGCUGCACGCUGCCCGUCCUGGGCGCGCAUGGACGUGGAGCUGCGGCGCAAGGUGCAGGAGGCAGCGUGCCUCGUCCUGGUUCCCGGGGAGGAGCCCUCGCGUGGCAAGCAGCCCGUCCCUGCCAAGCGCUCUGCAGCCCCGCAGCGCUCUUCGCGCAGCCUCGACAUCCGGCAGGUGAAGCUGGCCAUGACGCAGCAGGCACGGCGCGUGGCGUCGGGCGGGCGGGUGUCUGUGCUGCAGGCAGACGUCCGUGUGCGCGCCCAGUCCGCCGCCCCAACGCACCGCAAGCAGAAGAGUGAGCCCCCGCCCGUGCCCAAGAAGACGGAGGCACGGCCUGCGGUGGAGCCUCUUGUCCGCCCCAAGACUUGGCCCCUGCGCAUCAUGGAGAGUAAGGCACGCCCCAGCCGGCAGGGCGCAGGACAGCCCAGUGCAUCCACUCCGGACAAGCAGGGCUGUGGCGUGAGGCGUCAGGGCAAGACGCUCAUAUCCUCAUCCGAUUCCUCGCGCACCUCGUCCCCUGCCAUGCGCCGUGCCGCCUCCUCCGGAGCUCGCAGGCGGCCCGGUGAGGCGUCUACCGUGUCCGUGGACUCUCUGACGGACGAGGGCGGGCGUCGUGCGGUCAGCGACGGUGCCAUGACCAAGAGCCUGAUGUCAAUACGACCCGACACGCCCUCCGUGGCGCGAAAGAAGCGGGACGAGACCACCAUGUCGGCCGACUCUCUCGGCGAGAAGGCGGUGAGCGCACCCAGUCGCAGCUCCGCACACACCCGGCCCGACACGCCACCCUCCAAGGGCAGGGUGCGUCAGGCGCUGGGCAGGUUCGCCUCCGAUGGCACCAUCUCCUCCGACUCGUUGGCCAACACCGACUCUUCCCCGCGUGCAGGCGUCGCUGAAGCUGCUGCCUCCAAGGUGGCGCGCCCCACUGCCAAGAUCUCUGACCUCCAGCAGAGGUCUCCAUCAAUGAGGCGUGUGGCGAUGCGUCAGUCUGCUGGCUCCCCUCGAGACUCCCCGGCUUUCCGGCGCAGCCUCGCCACGGCCGGCAAGGCACCUGGUGAUCCAUCCAAGCCGGCACUCACCAGGACCGUGCUGUCUCCCGGCGCCAAGCGGUCCGUCGGCAAAGGCGCGGGGCGGGGCACUAUGAAGGUCACCCCGGCUUCCUCUCCGAAGCUGGCCUCGUCCCAUCCCACCAGCAAGGCGGCGCCAAGCCGCAAUGCCAAGGGUCCGGCACCGGCCGUACCGCGUGAGGGCAGGAAGGGGUGCACGGUCAACGGAGAGGUGAAGGAGGAACCUCCGCCUCAGCCGACGGUCGGCUCUCGGUCGGGUACGUUCCUGAAGGACGAGCCGACGGUGAUGAAGCUACCUGCGGUCGAAGACGCAGAGUAGUCCUGGUACUGUUAUGUUUCGGGACUGCUAGUGAAUUGAGACCAUUUGUUGAACCAUUAGUGUGCGCACACACUCCUGGUAGUUGUAGCUUUGUGAACAAGCAGCUUCCACUUUUAUUUUACAUUUUAGGUUAUGGGCACUGGGGUUUGAAGUUCUUGCUGUGAGCUUGAAACCCCUCCAAGUGCAACAUUCUGGCGUUAGAAUCGAAUGCUACCAACACUACAGGCUUAUAGCAAAAUCAUAGGAUCUCUACAUAGUGAUAGUGUAGAAUCAUUGAACAUGUAUUGUUUGUUUUCCUAGUGCAAUGUUCAACUAGUCAGUGUGCCAUCUGAGGUCGUUUGGGUAAAGUACAAGAAACUUAAAAAAAAUUCCGCAGACAGUAUUUAUAAUCAAAUGACCAGCACACGGUUUUGAUCUGGCCAGUUUUCGUAUUACAGUAUUUUAAAUAUUUUUUUAUUCUAUUGUGUUUAUAUGUUGUUUUCUAGUUUGUAGUAAAAUUGUGGGUUCUGUGUUUUUUUAAACGUUUCUAGUCAUUGCUUUAGUUUCAAGUUCAGAGAGUUUUUGUGUCUGUUCUCUUCUCUCGCUGAGUGCAUUUAAUUGUCUGUGAUUUUUGAGCGACCUUUAGUUUUAGUGGCGAAACAAGUGAAAGCACAUUUGAGACUUGCAUUUUGUGGUUGGUUGUCAUUGUUUCUGCAGAUAUGUACAUUAGGCAUUGCGUAACAUAACAAUAGCUUGAUUCUAAAGAAUUACGAACAUAUCUGCAGAACUUUGGUAGGGUUUACAAUUUUUAAAGUCUCAUCAUCAGGGAAAGCCAGUAAAUUAAAGGAAACAAAUACGUAUGUCCAAAGUUUUCCAGAACUUGAUUGGUGUUUGGAGUGUGGUGUCUCACAAUCAUCUUGUAGUGACAAGCGGUUUAUAUGGUGGACCGCCUUGGAUGUGAUUGAAAUUAGGAACUUAAUAUGUUAUAUCUUGUUAUGCAAGUGAAAUGUUGUGCUGUAAGCUCUUUUGAUCAGACAAAUUUCAUGUCUCCAAGUACAUAAUCUGUUAAAUGGAAUUCAUUUUAAAUAAGUGUGGUGUUCCAAAAAUUCAGUAUUGAAGAUCGGUGUAACAUUCCUAGGCCUUCCAUAAAUCUCUAUUCUCCCAUAUAGGAUACCAAGGAAAAAUUAUAUAUUUUUUUUGGAGAAAGAAACAAUGUUUAAAAUAAAAUUUGUGUACUUGUGUCAGUUUUUGUUGCUUCAGCAAAUUAUGGUUUCACGUAUUUUGCCCAAGAUGAAUUUUUUUUGAGCUUCCCUAAUAUAAGUAUUUGUAGUGUGAAAUUCUGUCUUAAACUAUUUAUUAUGGCAGGUUUUAUCUUUCUGUUAUGGUGUUUCUAUGUGUUCUGUAUACAUAUUACAUGUUUUGUUUGGAGUGCAAAUUUACAAGUGUGGGUGGUAUACUUAUGCAGUAUAAUGGUUGCUGCAGUUUUAUCACUUAGAAUUGUUUUGCAGUUUACAAAGCUAUCUGGGUAUGAUGUUGAGCUUGUUGCAAGGCGUGACUGGCCAUUUGGAUGAGUGGUAAACUUGCCGGCUGACUUUGCUGAGGAAGGCAAGGCAGACUGUACAAUUACUUUCUUCUCUGCUUUAAGUCCAUUCUGGUCAUCCGCAUCGUAGCGAUAUCUACGUUUGGUGGAUGAACCUUUUUAUGCCUUUUCUAAAGUUCUCAGGUUGACCUGGUAACACCUGAACCUUUUCUCUGCAAGUUUCAAAACUAUUAGUUCAACUGUGGGCUCAUUCUGGUUGUGUUAAGGUAAACUGGCUUUAGAUGAUGAUAAUGCCACUUGUGAAUUGGCAUGAAAAUAUGUAAACCUUUCACCAAACAUGUUGUAAAGUACCUAUGUUCAGAACUCAGUGGAAGUAAGAGGUGAAAAGAAUGUCAGAAUUCUGUGCUUUUAGCAACUCUCUUUGUCGACAUUGUUGUCGGCUGUACAAUUCUGUGUACAGUUGCACCCCUAGUUAAAGCUUUUCUGUUCGUGAUUAAAAAUGGUGAUAUUGAAGGGAAAGAGAAAAUUUUAAAUAAGAUACCUUUGAAACAUUCUGUUGAAUACGCACAAACACUUUUCAAGAUUAAAUUUGAAACUUUGAUAUUUGUAAAAAUAAUUUACGAAAUGAUGAUUUAUGUAUUCUCUUGCAUUAAUUUUAUCAAAUGCUAUAUAAAAAAAUAUAAUAUGUUUGCAAUGUUCAGCAUUA